AUGGCCCUGACCAAGCAGAAAAGCCUUCGCAACCCAGACGACUUCCCUACCGCACAGUUCUUCCUCCUUGCCAUCGUCCGUCUUGCCGAGCCCAUCGCCCUCACAUCCAUCUUUCCCUAUGCCUGGGCACUCGUCAAGAGAUUCGAGAUUGGCAACGCCGAAGAUGCAUCCUUCUACGCCGGCCUUCUCAUCUCCUCCUUCUCCCUCGCGGAGGCCCUGAUGGGCAUGUACUGGGGCGGUCUGUCUGACCGUAUCGGACGCAAGCCCGUACUGCUCCUGGGAUGCAUCGGCACGAUGUUCAGCAUGGUUAUGGUUGGCUUUGCCUCCAACAUCUGGAUCGCCUUGAUAGGUAGAGCCCUCGGUGGCCUUCUCAACGGCAACAUCGGUGUUAUCCAGACCAUGGUUGGAGAAUUGGUUACCAAGCCAGAGCACGAGCCCCGCGCCUUCUCUGUCAUGCCCUUUGUGUGGUCCAUUGGCACAAUCAUCGGUCCCUUUAUUGGCGGAACCUUUGCCGAUCCCCACGAUGCUUUCCCCAACGUCUUCCCCGUCGACGGCCUGUUCUACCGCUACCCCUAUCUUCUUCCUAACCUGGUCUGCGCCGCACUCCUGUUCGUCAGCAUCAUUCUCGGUUACUUCCUCUUGGAGGAGACCCAUCCCGACAUGCAACCCCGUGUCUUCCUUCCGGAUGACACCUUUGCGUCGGAGGAGACUCCCCUGCUUGAGACCAUGGAUGCCAUGAAGAGGCCCGCUGUCGACAUGAGAGACGACAACUACGGAACCGUCCGCGGUCGUGACGCUCAGGCUGCCGCCAAGAAGGUCGACCAGCCGUACAACAUCUACACGAAGCCCAUCAUGUCGCUGAUUGCUGCUCUUUGCAUCUUCACCUACCACUCGAUGACCUACGACCACCUUCUCCCCAUCUUCUUCGAGGACGAUCGGGCCACGGCCAACCCCAUGUCCAUCCUCGCCACCCCUUCGAGCCCGUUCUACUCCCCCGGUGGACUGGGUCUGUCCCUCCGCGCGGUGGGCAUGAUCAUGGCUGUCAACGGUGUCAUCGCGCUCUUCGUCCAAGCCGUCAUCUUCCCCUUCGUUGCCGAGAAGCUUGGAAUCUUCCGCCUCUUCAUCAUCGUCACCGUCCUCCACCCGAUCGCCUACCUUAUGGUCCCGAGCUUGCUCUUCGUCCCCGAAUCGAUGCUCUAUGCUGGCAUCUACUUCUGCCUGGCGAUCCGCAACAUCAUGUCCAUCAUCCUCUACCCAGUACUCCUGAUCCUGAUCAAGGAGGCCACCCCGACUCCCAAGGCUCUCGGCAAGGUGAACGGUCUGGCCGCUAGCGCCGCCGCCGGCUUCCGCAUGAUUGCCCCGCCCGUCGCCGGAUGGUUGUACACGACUGGAAGCAAGGUCGACUGCACGGCUCUUGCCUGGUACGGCAGCGCUGUCGUCGCCGUCAUUGGUGCUAUUCAGUGCUUCUCUGUGAAGCGCCAGCGUAAGGAGGAGAUGUGCGAGGAGGACGCCCAGCCCAUCCUGCGCAAGAAGGAGUCCCGAGUCACAGUCACGGAGGUGUUUUCGGAUGCCGAAUGA